AUGGCCAACACAACCGACCGCGACGACCAGCUCGUGCGUGCGCUCACCCGCCAGAGCCGCUCCGAGAUGGACAUAAACCAUGUACCCCUCGAGCCGAUCAUGUCCUCCUCGCACUCGCUGCAUGCGCACUUUGAGGAACCCGAAUCAGAGUCCGAGACCGUUACCCGGCCAGUGGUAGAUAUCGAGCACGCACCAGUUGAUGACGACCCGCGCGAGUGGAGCGACCGGAAGAAGAACUUUGUGCUCGCGCUCAUGACGAUUGCAGUAGUCGGGCCGAUGAUCAGCCCAAGCAUCUACAACCCCGUGCUGGACGAGGUCGCGGCCGACCUCGGCGCAUCGCAGACGCAGAUCGGCCUCAGUCUAUCCCUCUACAUCCUCUUCCAGGGCUGUAUCCCGCUCGUGUGGACGACUGUUGCCGAGAUCGUCGGGCGCAAGCCUGUCUACAUCGCCUCCUUCGUGCUGUACACGGCGGGCUCGGCUGCUGGUGGUCGCGCGCCCACCAUGCCUCUGCUCAUCGGCAUGCGCAUCCUACAGGCUGUCGGUUCGUCGGCCGUCGUGUCGUCUGGUGCAGGAUCUCUCGCGGACAUGUACGAAGUGCGCGAGCGCGGCCGUCGUCUCGGCUGGUUCUAUGGUAUGCCGAUGCUCGGGCCGACGCUGGGUCCGCUCAUCGGUGGCGCGCUCGGCAACGCAUACGGCUGGCGCUCAACCAUGUACUUCCUGGCCGUGUUCGCGUUCCUCAUGACCGUCGCCUUCUGUUUCUUCCCAGACACGUGGCGCCGCGAACGAAGCAGGGUGUACCAAAAAGCAGUCGCGGCCGCGCUCCGGCGCCAGCUGAAGGCGCAAGCCGUCUCGGAGAAACGCGAGGCUAAGCGAGAACGUAAGCGGGCUCUCGGCCUCACGAGCACGGCAACCACGCCGGCCGCGACCAACCCGCCCACGCCGGGGAUCAUGACGCCCCUCGAGACAGAGUACGACGCUGAAGCCGCGUGCUCACCUGCCCAGCCGUCCUUGUUCGACCGUAUCCGCGCCCGCUUCGGCAUUCGGGAGCGCGGCCCAAGCCCUUCAUUCGUCGACCUCAACCCGCUCCCAUCCACGAUCUCCGUCUUCCGCUCGCCUACGAACGCGGCCGUCCUCGUCGCCUCCGGCCUCCUCUUUGCAGUCCAGUAUACGACAACAUACACGGCGAGCGUGACCUUUGCCCGCCCGCCAUACAACUACAACCCACUACUGAUCGGCGUGGUCCUAGUCUCUUUUGGGAUGGGCAAUGUCGUCGGCUCAGUCGUAGGCGGCCGAUACAGCGACCAUGCGCUUCGUCGCUUGACGGCCAAGAACGGCGGCGUUGCUGAACCAGAGAUGCGCCUGAAAUGCACCCUUCCCGCCAUGCCCGUCCUCCUCGCCGCAUACCUCAUCUACGCAUGGACCGCCGAUGCGAAAGUAUCCAUCGCCGGACCUGUCGUUGGGCUCUUCCUGGCCGGGUUUUCGCUGCUUUUCGUCUACUCGUCCACUCUGGCUUAUUUGGUCGACUCGAAUCCCGGCCGUUCGGCAAGCGCCGUGGCCAGUAACAGUUUCGCGCGUGGAGUUGUGGCCUGCGUUAUGAGCCAGGUCGCCAUACCUAUCCAGAACGCUAUUGGUGAUGGCGGGCUGUAUACUCUGUUCACGGGGGUGUUGGCCAUGUCGUGUGCAACCCUCAUUCUGGUCGCUUAUCGCGGUAAGGGGUGGCGCGAGGCGCGCGAGGUGAGGAAGGAGGCGCGGAGUGCGGCGGCAAGCGUCAUCGGGAGUGGGGCUGUUAGUGGUGUAGCGAGCCGGAGCGAUAAGGGGGGGAGUAAUACCCCGCGCAACGCGUCUACAGUUGCCGAGGAGAAGUAG